AAACAUACACACAGUAUUACAAAGCAGCGCAAGGGAACGAAAAAGGCAAAUUUAAUCAUUUGCUUCCAGUUUUCGAUUCGCAUAGCACCGAUUUCCCGAACGUAAGCACCGAGGACUCUAAAUAGAUAGUUAUGUCAAUCUGCAUCCACCCCUGCAGUAUGGCCUGCGCCGGUUUGGCCGCCAUGAUGGUUUGUUGAAGGCUCCUUUAGUGCCCCCUGCAGGAAGAUGGUGUACCUAACAGAGAAAGUGAGCUACCUGAACAAGGAGGACGAUUCUGCCAGUUUGCACAUGAAGUUGACGAGAGAGACGCGUCCUAAGGCCCUCAAGGGUCUCUCCUUUAGGGACAAAAAUCUCUACAGGGCUGCCGAUGGAGGUGGAGGUGAUCAACAGACGCAUGGUGGAGCCCGGCGUGAAUGAGCCCAAAUUCAAGGAUGCAGAAGACGUUGGGAGCAGCCUGGACCGGAACCUUCAUCUCGGCGGGCUGAGAGCAGCCAGAGAUGUGGGACACGGGAGAGUGGAAGAUGCUGAGGGACUCACUGUAGUCACUGGACGGAGGGAACGGAGGGAAGCUGCUUCCACGCCUUCUGAUUUAGAACGUGUGCAGUGGUGUAUCAACAUCGCGGCCAUAGCACGGCUGGGUUCACCCACGCUGACCUGGACCAUGAGCAAUGAUUCGCCUGCUCUGACAAGUCUGACGGAGAACUCCACUGAUGUACCUGUGUCGGCGGGCCAGGUGGAGAAUUAUGUGCUGCUCCUGGUGCUGCUGAGUGUUUUCGCAGGGGGGACGCUGGUCCUCCUCUCCCUGCUGCUGCUCUUCUGCCACCGCUGCUGCAUGGGUGGGCGCCGCUACUCCAGAGCGAGCGAUGACCCUGAGAAGACCAACACGACUUACGUGGAAGACUCUCAGCCCACCCAAGAGAUCACUAUUCGCCUGGAUGAAUCAGACGCUCUGUCGGCUACGAGUUGCCAUGACGGCGAGUCAGAGAGGUUUGUUUCCACCGGGUUGACCGGCCGCAGAGUCUCCUUCAACGAGUCUGCUCUGUACGAACAAGAGAAGAUGGCUCAGGAAAAAGGACGCAGGUACACUCUGACCGAGGGGGAUUUUCACCACCUGAAAAAGGCUCGACUGACCCACCUCCACUUGCCGCCGGCUCCGUGUGACCUCAAGAUCCUCACCAUCAUGGAGUGUGACUCCACUGAGAGCAGCACUGUUAACAUCAGUGAGGUGCCAGCGCCCAAACUGCCCCUCUCAAUCUACCAGCCGACUGACAGAAGAAUGCCUGACUGGUUGGGUCAGAGCCUCAGUGGAGGUCUUCCAGGAGACACACACCACUCCAUCAUUCUGGACCAGAUUCCCAGACAGGAUUCGGCUUUACGAAGCAAACGCUCCCUAACUUUUGACGCCCUUGGGGGCCGAGGAGAGGCUCGCAGUGACCACAUGAUGAAGGGAGAAUCCACUCAGGCACCGGGACAGACUUCAGUCCUGCAGUUCUUAUCGAAACUGCGGCGCCAUGCCAGUCUGGAGGGAGCUGGGCCAUAUUUCAGGCGGUGGAAGUUUGACAGCAGCCACCGGGCCGCCAGUCUGGAUGCCAAAGGAUCCCCAAAGAGAAGGCCUUUCCAGAGGCAGAGAGCUGCAAGUGAAACCACCGACCACACCGGGGAUGACUCCCCUCUCCGAGACGAUCCAACCGGGUCUUUCCCCAGUCAGACAAGUGGCCUCCAGUCACUGUCUGCAGAGUCCCUCUCUCAACCUUCCACGGGUCCUUCCUCGGUCUUCCUCCACAGGCUAAAUCUGGAGGCCAUGGUGGUAGAGAUAGGGGGUGUCACCAGUAGGAAAGAAGAACCAGAUGACUGUUCUAUCCAGAGACAAGACAGCAUCUCAUCAAAUGCAUCAAGAGUGGAGACGGAGUUAAAACCAGAUGCCGUCAGAAGGAUAGACACUGGCGAGGUUGUGUUUGAAUCUCCAGAGGACGAUGAUUUGUUUGAGCCACAAUCAGAAGCCAUUCACUUGGAAGACUCAUCCAGGAAAACUCCUGAAGGUGCACUGAGGCAAAACUGUGAGGUGGACCAAGAUGAAGGAGAAGACGGCGUGUUGGGAGCUGAGAUCAGACAAAGGGCGGAUUUGGGUUCUUCUCUUUUAUGCUCGGAGGCACAUUCAUCCCUCUACAGAGACAUCUGGAGCUUGAGAGCCUCUCUGGAGCAAUACGCCUCCUCGGACCAGAGCAGCACUGACCGGGAGUCCAUCCGUAGUGAUGCUGAAAGUGUCUCAUCGUUGGGUUGUCCAGCUGCUCGCACUGGACAUCUAGACAGCUGCUUGUCUCAAGACUUAGAUGAUGAACCUGAACCAGAUGGAGAGGUGAUGGAGGGAGGCGUCCGAGGGGCAUCAGGUGGGGCCAGUGAAAUGGGAGGCGGGGUCGACGGAGAAGCUGACGUGGGAAACCGCAAGCUCCUUCAGAUGGAUAGUGGCUACGCCUCCAUUGAAACACCAUUCAAGGCACCUGAGGAGAUGCGGAUUUUUGGGACUCCUGCAGCUUCUCGUGGGAAGACGGCGUCAGAGAGGAGGUUGUUCUUCACAAGCUCAGGGAGGAAAGGUACUGUGUGCGAGAGCACUGAGACCAGGUUGUUCCAGGAAGCGUUGGAAGAAGACUUACCAGAAAGCGCAGAGGGUAGCCUCCAAGAACCAUAUCCGCUCAUCAAAUCACUUCAGAAACAAGAAUCACAUGUAACAUCUCAGCUGAUAAAGCCAGUGUCUCAGCCCUCCAGUCCUCACCGACCUCGUCUCCAUCGUCGCGACUACAGCAUCGACGAGAAGACAGACGCUCUUUUCAACGAGUUCCUCCGACACGACCCCCGGUUCGAUCAGCAAGACUCUCCGUUUCGGACCAGGCAUCGAUCGAGAGUGCACCUCCGGAAGCAGUGGCAGAGACACAAGCAAUACAGUGACCCUGGCUCGGGGACAGGGGGGCGGUACUCACCGUCUUUAGAGAGGCAGAGGUUCACUCCGCUUCCCAGAGGCGACAGUGCCAGCUACCCUCUGGACACCAGGUAUCACAGCACACUGUCACGCAUCGCCAGCGCAGCGGACGAAGAAGCGAGUGAGACUGCGGCGUGUGAGGAUGCAGUCAAAGAGAGCACAACAUCCAGCAAUGGAGCAAACAUGACCACCACAGAGCCCACCAGCCAGGGCAGCGAGGGUCACCAAACCUCUUCCAACACAAAAAGCACAAGCAGUCCGCCUCCAAGCUGCAUGGACCCCAAAGUGGACAACAGGAACAACAACAGCAGCCAGCAGGUGGAGAGCAGCCUGACAGAUAAGCUGGCAGCAGCAGUGGAGGAGAGGCUCUACGGCGGCCUAAGAAGGGUCGAGCUCAGCCAGGGAAGAAGUGAGCGGGUGGUGGUCGCCGCUUCUCACACAGCCUCACCUGACCACAGUCCCAAAUAACCUCAUGUCCUGUCAUCAACACAUCACAAAUAUAAUCUGAUGGCCAGCCUCCGCCAGCGUUUCCUCUCAGACCUUAACUUCCACUGUGAUGCCAUCUUCCCCCUUUUUAGCUCAUAUUGCACAGAGAUACCUUAGCUCCUUCAUCUUUAGGAAUAUUUUCAAACAUUAAAAAUUGUGAAUUUUCCGCAUGCUACUACUGUAAUGUCCAAACAAUGUGUAAGUGAAGACUGUACGGUUUUAAACCUCAAAACAAAAAGCACUUUGUUGGGAAGAAACAAAUCCAUGUUAACCAUUUGUGUCAUGACCAACCAUAUCCUCCACAAGUGUCCUUCUUGUUUAGAUUUGCAUGAAGGCAACAGGUGACCAUUUUAGCGACCACCAUUGUUUGCAUUCCUCUCUUAUUAUGAACGGAAUGAAAAUACAGUAGAGAGUUUUUGUGCACAAUGAAGGGAAUUCAGGGAAAGUGUUGCAUCACCAGUGUUGUUGCAGAUGUUUGGACAGGUUGGAAAGGCUUCAUAAAGUUCAUAUAAUGUAUUUUGUCAGAAAAUCCUCUCCAUUGUGCCAUGGACCAUGGGAAAAAAUACUCCAACCAUCUCUUCAUUACCAUCACUGACUGAAACAUUAGGUACACUUACACAAUCUAGUAGUGGAUAACAUGUCAGUUUGAGAGCUGUAUCCAAAAUGCCUUUAUGUAGAUAGACUUAUUUCACAGUAUUUUAUUAUUGUGUUUGGAGUGUGUUGCGUCAUACUGAGAGAGCAGUGUGUCUAAUAAGAGCAUUAUUAUCUCUGUAAAGGCACAUUUUAGUAUGCAGCUCUUGUAUUGGAUCUUAUUACAGGUGAUUAUGCAGGUAUACCUAAUAAAGUGUCUCAUGAGAGUAUUUGCCCACUGUUUUCAAUUAAGACAACCUACAGUCGUUUGUGCUCCACCUACUGUAAAUAUUCUGACCUGAAUAUUGGACUGAAAAUGCACUAUAAUAAAACACUUCUUAAGGGGAUAACACUCUACAUCCUCCAAAGUAGAACACAAUCCAUUCUGAUGCUGGGUGACUUCCAAGCUGUUCCAGUUUCUACAAUAAAAUUGCAUUUUAACAUUAAUUAUUUCCAGUCAUCAUUAAUAUGUAUUGAUUGAGCAGGUAAUCUUAACAGCCGCACAAGUUGAAAGUAAAUCACUGCACAAUAAACUUAAAUACAG